AUGGACAACAUCAGCAAUGGCCUUGGUUUCGGCUCCUCUUCUUCAGAUCCCAAGGCUGCGGUCAUGAACCAAGUCCGACAAGAAGCUGCUAUGACGAACGCACGGCAAUUGAUUGAAAAAGUCAACGAGCACUGCUUCGAGAAGUGCGUACCCAAGCCUGGCUCCUCGUUAUCAAGCGGCGAGACGACAUGCUUCACGCAAUGCAUGGAGAAAUAUAUGGCGGCAUGGAACACGGUUUCGAGACAGUACAUCAACCGGAUACAACAGGAGCAGGGGAGAAGUUCU